AAAUUCCAUGUUUUUAUCUAUUCAUUGUCAUCCAAGACAAUUCCUUUUUUCGCGCAACAGUCGUUUUGUAGAUCUUCGAUGAAAUUUCACAGCGAACAAAUAUGCAUAGGAAAUGUAUGGGCGCGUUUCACUCGAGAGAAACAGGAGCCAGAGCGUGUAAUUUCUGAAUCGACGCGUGCAGAGCCACCCCGUCUACCGGCGAAAUUUCCUGCCUAAAUCGGGGAUAUUGUGAGCUUGAUUACUUCGAUAUAGAUAUUGCGUUACAGUCAUGGCUGGGGGCGUGUAAUCGAACUAUACGGAGUCUCGUAAACUCGAUGAACUUGAAAGACGAGCCAACGUCGAAGUCUUGAACUUCUGACAGCGUGCAAUGUUAGCACUUUGCCGUCGAGUUUGCGGCCUCGCUCCUCUCGCUUCUUGUCUCUGCCGCCAGGCUACUGUUGCUUCUGAUCCGACGAUUUCCCCCUGGUAAUUGAUUUCCCGUGUGUAAACGUGGUCAAAGGUGCUCGAUGGUUCAGUGAAUUUUUAACAUUUCUUUGACGCGAAGUCAAGAAUCCUGCAGAGAAAAUGUUUGGCGUACGUUUUUCAAGCAGAGAAUAAUUAAUUCGAACUGGAUAACGAAGAAAGUCAAAUAGCAAAGUGGCAAUUUUACAAUUAUAUAUUUAUAUUUUUAUUUUCCAUUGCUUCGGGUUUAUUACGCCUUUUCACCAAGACAGAUUACUAAGUAAUUAAUUAAUUAUUAUAAUUAAUUGAAAAAGAAGCUGAAACGUCUAAGAACCAGACGUAUACAAAGAUAUGCUCGAACCACUGAACGUUUGACGGGCACGCGAGAAAAACGGGCCACCCCAUUGAUAGCCCAUUAAUUCCCAGUAAUGAUCCAAUUACCACGCCGAAGUCGGCCCUUUAGAACACCUAUUCACCACCUUGGAGCGUGUUCGUGCGCAUCAGUCACGUUCCACAGCAUUGAGCAACAUCCAAGUGUACCCAGCCUAACCGAACCGCAACCAGACCACCGUUGCAAAUCAACCCCCGCCCUCUCAACAGGUCCAAAUAUUAAUUCAAUAGGACUGGUCGUCGUAGUAACGGUAAACAGAGGUUCGCUCUCUUUGACCUGCCAAGGAUCGUAGCGUUAGACGUCCAUCGUUUCAACGUUUCUAACCUCCAAUCGAACGAGAUGAGUUUCUUCAAGGUGGAGGAGACGCAAUGCGGUCCUCUGAAGCCGAGGAAGUAUCCUACGGUUGCAAUUGGUAGUCUGAACGCGCCUUGGGGAUACAGAUUGCGCGAAAGAUCGGGUUGCAAAACAGUGAAGAUCCCGGAAUCGUACGAGGAACAUCGACUGCAGAAGGAGAGGGAGUAUGAACAUUUGACGAAAAUUUUGGAGUUCGAGAACCAAACGAACAGCAAAAUCAAGAAGAAGAGCGUGUGGCAGCGAGUUCAGCAAGGGUUAGCAUCUUUCGAGGACGGCGUGAAUGCACGGCGAGAAAAACUUCGCGAGUUGCUGUUGAAAGAAGAGAUGGGGCUGAUUCACGAGGUGAUAUACCAGGCUCAGCACGGCGACGACGCGAGAAUGGACGACAUGCGUCGUUCGAUAGAAGAGAUCCGCAAAGAAGAGGAAGAGAAACGUCUAGCAGUGGUAGCUGCGAAGAGAAUGCAACAGUAUAUAGCUCAAUGUCCAGAAAUUCGUAACAACCGUUCGAAGAAAUCAGUGAUCGAAGCAAAACAGGGAAACUUGGCCCAAAUGGCGGCUAACGAAGCCAAGAAACAAGCGGAUAAAGAAUUAGACAAUCUCUGGCACCAGUUGAUGUUGAAGGAAGUGGAAGCGAAGAAACAGAGAGAGGUGGAGGAAGCGAAAAGACGUUGCCUAACGGAACAAGUGAAUAUGACCAUCCUGGCGAACCAAGUAGCAGGAAAGUUAGCUCUGGAGGAGCAAAAGAAGCAAAUACAUAUGGAAGACAGGGAGCAUAUGCAACGUCUGAUAGAGAAACUUCGCGAAGAAGAGCUUGAGAAGCUCGAGAAAGAACGUCAGAAGAGAGAGGAGCUGAAGAAGGAUCUACAGGAACAGAUUCUGGUAGCCAAGCGGAAGUUAGCCGAGCAGGCACGCCACGAAGCGGAAAUGGACCGCUUGAGAGGAAUCAUCGCUGCGGAGGAAUUAGCGAAAGAGCAGUCCGCCAUCAAAGAGUCCAGUGCCGCUCUUCGUAGAGAAUUACUCGCUUACAUCGAAUAUUUGGAAGAUUUACGGAAAGAGGAAGCUAGAAGAAACUUGGAAGUGGAUAGAAUAAUAGAACAGUCAAUGCAGGACACUGCUUGCAAACGAAAUCUUGCGGUUCAGAAAUUCAAAGAGGCUAGAAUGAAGAUUCUACAGGAUGUUCUUCGAGGUCGUGAGGAACAACUGAGGAUGAAGUGUGAGAAUGACAAAAAGGAGAUGGAAGCGCGUCAACUGGAAAAGGAAAUGCUGGAAAAGCAAAUAGAAUCGGAGGCCAAGUUGACUGCUUAUGCAAAAAAAGAAAAAAUGGAGAAAAUGUUGUGUUAUAGAAAGGAUCUGGAAGAACAAUGGAAACGGGCCGAGGAUGCGAAGCGUAGAGAAGCUGAGGAAGAUAAGAAGAUGUAUUUGGAGGAAAUUAAGCGGCAAGAAGAGUAUCAGAAAUUGACAGAGGAGUUGUUGGAAGCUUCUGACAAUGUCACUCCGCAUCCGUUUAAAAUUUUGCUGAAGGAAUGCGCGGCUCGUUAUGCUGCGGAGAAGGAAGGACAGUGUUACUGUCCGCCGCCGUUAUCCGAAUAGAAUUAAUGAUGUACGUGCAAAUUUUAAUAUUCAAAGGUAUAUAAUAUAUAUUUUGUCAUAUUAUAAAUUAACGUAAUUGACGUCUGAAGCGUGAAUUUUUGUUUUCCCGCUCCGGAAGGAUCCACGAUUCACGUGGUGAUCCAUUCGAGCUGCGCGCACCAUCUAUGUCAACGUCUGAGAAACAUUGAACGCGCUUGUCGCUAAAGUAGAACUCUGCUUCGCUAUCGAUCAUUCUGUCUUUUUCCGUUUUUCACGGCGCGCAACUUGGUGGCGCGAUAUUUAAAAAUACCGGCAAGGGUUAAAAGUAAAAAUCAUUCAAAAUAAACCCGUCGGUCGACGCAGACUUUCACGCUCGUCACGUCGCUGAAAAUAAACUUGGAAAAUAAACUGGCAAGAAUCAAUGGGCAGAAAAUCUGCAGCUAAAGCAGCCAGUCACACGGAAUAAUAAUAAUCAUCGCGAUUCGCGGCAAACGAGCGUGUUAUAAAUUCCAUCGAAUUAUACGAAACGAUGAAAUAAAACCGGCGUAAAAACCAAGCAUCAGCGCGAAUCGCGUGUAAAUAAUUCCAUCAUCGAUGCGAAUUAUUUUCAGCGACGCCGUGGCCGCAAUUCGCAUUAAAAUAAUUACGCGCCCCGGGUUGAAGUAUCGUUUUUUUUCCCUUUCUUCCGCGGCGAGAUUUAUACUUCGCUGAAAAACUGAUUCGUUCUCGCGCUUCGGGCUCUCAGCGAUUUUUUUCUGCCCCAUCCUCCGCCCUCUUUUUUUAUCUUUUCUCUCCGUUUUUUAUCUGUUUUAUCUCUCUUUUUUUAUUUUUUAAUACAUAUUUACAGCGGCACUCGUUGAAUCUCCCCGAGUCCCUCCGCAGCUACCUUCGGGCGGUCGCUUUGAAAUUCACGACGAACCAGCCUGACGUGCAAAUUGACACGCCGAUUGGAUUAAAUAACAUAACUUGUCCGGCCAGGACGCGCCGCGCGUAAAUUACCAGCCGUUUCGUUCGAUUACUGGAAAACACGCGACGUGCUGAAAAGGAGAACGGAUUUAAUGAGCGUGCGCGCGCGAUCAAAAAUUAGACACGAAUUAAUCGCUCCAAGACCCAUCCGCUUGACGAUGAUUUAACGAACUCUUCGAGAAGAUGCAUCGCACCUUCCUUUCUCUCUCGUUCUUGCUUCUCUUUCAACGCCUGCGUGCUGCUUAUCGAUAAUUUAAUCGCAUCAAUUCUUGAAGAAUACAAUAUCGUAGAAAUUGAGUAUCUGGUUAUUAAAAAGAAAGGAGGAAAUAAUUCCUAGAAAUUGGAAUCUUUAUUUUACGUUUCAAUAUUAGGAUAUCACGAAGGGUUAAAUAGUUGACUCUUUAUGACUCGCAUAAUAAUGGUUCUUUUUUCAACAUUUCUGAAAUAGUAUGGAGUUUACGAUGUCGUCUACCUAGCCUUCGUACGACCUUGAGCAACGUACAUCAAAUAAUAUUUUUUUAUCUCGCCCCCAGGCGUUUCGUUAUAUCUUCGAAAGCGACGAAGGUAUUCGAGAUAUUCCUGAUAAAUGAUACAAUCUGUAUUUCGUAUUAUGUCUUGAAUAAUACCGCGAAGAAGGCUACCCUUGUUCCCUUUACCACGGGAGAAGCAGCUACAAUAAUGCACUUUCAUGUUUCCGCUCGCUGCAAAAUUGCUCUUUAUGGUCACCCAACGAAGGUAAUUUCCAGCAGGAAUUUUAAGAUUAAACGACGCAACCUUCAACCUCUCUCAAUUUUUCCCUUAUCGAGCGACGUAGUAUUCCCUUAACAACACACCGCGUGGGUGGUGCUGAACUUGCCGUGCGAGGUUUCCAACAAAAGCCGCAAAUAGAAACAGUAGUUCCUCGGACAAUAAACCACUUAACUUUUAGCUUUCUAACAGAUGAAAUUCAAUUUCCCUUUCUACAUUUGCAACCCAGUUUGGCGCAAUAAAUCCAGCAGGUUUAGCUUGGUUUCUCCGAUGAAACCCAUAAAAAUCCCUUCUGUCCAGCCCUUUAGCGAGCUCACGAGGAGAAGCUUCACGAGGUAGUUGAAACGCCCAGCAACUCGUCCCAUGUAUAUUAAAACGCAUCCCCGUUGCUAUAUUAAAAUAUUUCCGUUCGGUCGACCAGCGCGUCCCAUAAUUCCUGCGGGUGACGUCGUGUAGUUGCGAAAGCGUUCACCAAAGUGGAAAGCCGGAAGUCGCUGGCGCGCGGGGGUGGACGCGUUUCCAAGUCGAAGCCGCUUAACGCGGAAUUUCAAGCACGAAUACGGUUCGACGCGGUUAUGCUCGCGUGUCUUCGAUGUGACGCGACUCCUCCGCCCGUUUCUCGAUUAUGGUCGUUCGUUUUUACGCGGUUAUCUUUAUAACGUCGUAGAAACUUCCUCUUCGUCUUGCCUCUCGACUUUCGAGGCCAGCCCCUUUAUCGACUCUACCCCUGCUUCCGCUCCUCAGCCCGGCUUUCUUUUUUCUUUUCUUAUUAUUUCCUCUUUUUUUCUUGGCAGACUUCACCCUUUGCGUGUUUUUUCUCCUUGCACGCGCAAAGACCGUCCGAGCGAUUAAUUGAUUAGCGAUAGCGAUAACGGUCGAAGGGGUGACUUUAGAGAGAAAUAGGCUUGGAACGGUUUUUUUUUUUUAAUAUUCAUUGAAAAAUAAAUGUACCGAAACGGUAAUAUUGUGAUUAUCGCGUUUCUUGACGUCAAAUAAGGAUCUAUGUGCUUUGGGGAUUUUUACAUUCUCGCGUAAUAAUUAAAUAGUCGUGGAAGAAUCGAUGGAAUAAUUAACGGGGCGCGAUAGUCGAUAAACACGUUUUUUUUAAAUUUGCAGGAAAGUGGAUUAAAUAUUUAUUAAAACAUUUCUCGGAGAAGCCUGAUUGGCCCACGUAGCUCUAUUUGUUACGUGCGCAUUAAAAUAUUCACUUGAACGCUUCUCGCGAGAGACUUACUAUCACCGAGGUCCAUCGACUGGUUAAUCGAUUAGUUGGUCUACUUAACCCUUUGUCAGACUCAAAAAACAACUCCAUAAAGGAAUUUACUUCGCUCCGUGAACGAACCAGUGCAAAACAUGGGAAUAAUUUAUCGCUUCUUCACUACUUCCUUAAAAACAGCGAACUAAUUAGCCAAAAAUUUACGCCUUUGAUGAAUUCUCUAAUUUUGUUAUUAAUUUGAAAUUAUGCUGGGUGCUUAGCAUAAAAUGUUUAUAGAAUCGUUCAAUUACGCAUAGAUCGUGCAUAUCUAUGUAGAUUCAUAUUUUUAUGAACAAGAUUAAAGAAUGGAAAUGAAAAUGAAAAUUUAUUACCUUAAUUUGAAUAUUUUGCAUGUUCGUUCUGCGCAUUUUUCCAGCUUUAAAUUCCCCGUAAAUGCAUAAAUAUCCGCAGUCUGAUUACGAGCGUAAAAACGAGAUGCCCGUCGUUGUAGCCAAGUAAAUACAAUCACUUUAUCGUCACAAUUGUCAAGCAGUGUGUAAUCAAAUAUGCUAAACCAGUCUAAAAUGACGCGCAUUAUUUCAUAGAAAACCGCAUAGAGAACGUUCACUGAGACGUACACCUUCGUUCGUAAGUAAUCCCUUUUCCUUGGCCAUUUUACAUCAUAAAUUCACAUUAAUUACGUAUAACGAAAUUUCUUUGCAAGACUUCUCA